UGGGGGUUCUGGGCGGGUGGCGGUGGGAAAACGGGGCUCAGGCCGGAAGUUGGCGCUGAGUCCGGCCCGCGUUCUUGAUGCGUAGCCGGGCGCUGUCUGUCCUGCUUUUAGUCCUCCUCUUGCGCCGGGUCGGACCUGCGGGGAUCUUACCGAGUGCGAAGAGGAGGAGGAAGGGGAUGAUCCGAGCCCGAGUGACCCCGCUCCGGCCUGUGCGCGUGAGGUGGUCCUGGGGUGCCCUGGGCUCCAGCCUGGCUCCGAGAACGCAUGGGUCGGUCUGCCCCUGUGAUCUGCAGACCUGGGCGUGCGGGGACCAGGGUGACGGGACCUCCCAGCCAGAACUCCUGGCUCACGGAGGCCGGGUGAGGUUGAGGGGACAGGCAGGCUCAUCACCGACCAAAGGUGGCCGCUCUGGGAAGGAGGCUGGGGCUGGUCAGUCCUGAUUUCCCGGAGAAGUGGAGCCUAGGAUAGCGUGGAGAAUGAGGGUCGGGCUGGGCUUGGGACAGAAGUGAAGCGGUGCAUAGCCUGUUUGAAGUUUGUGGGGGACAUCGGAGGGGGGCGUUGUGGAAGAAAGGGGAGCUGCCCUGGAGGUGGGAGUCUCUAGGCGGGGAACUGCUGCAUGGAGGUAAACUGGAUGGAGGGCAGCAGUGAACAGGAGAGCCCGCUCAUCCGUGACCUAAGAGCAUAGAAGAAACCCGUCCAGCAGCCCCAGCAAGGACGGGGAGUUCUGGGUCCGAAUGAAUCGAGCAGUAACUUUGCACCAGGUUCCAGGGCAGCCCCUCUGUGGGGUGAAGCUCCCUGUCUCUAGUCCUGUCCCCCACCCUGUUGUGGGCCACUGGCUGCAGGAUGAACUGUCGCUCGGAGGUGCUGGAGGUGUCGGUGGAGGGGCGGCAGGUGGAGGAGGCCAUGCUGGCUGUGCUGCACACGGUGCUCCUGCAUCGCAGCACCGGCAAGUUCCACUACAAGAAGGAGGGCACCUACUCCAUCGGCACCGUGGGCACCCAGGAUGUCGACUGUGACUUCAUCGAUUUCACCUACGUGCGAGUCUCCUCUGAGGAGCUGGACCGUGCCCUGCGCAAGGUUGUUGGGGAAUUCAAGGAUGCACUGCGCAACUCAGGUGGCGAUGGGCUAGGGCAGAUGUCCUUGGAGUUCUACCAGAAGAAGAAGUCUCGCUGGCCUUUCUCAGACGAGUGCAUCCCCUGGGAAGUGUGGACAGUCAAGGUGCACGUGGUGGCCCUGGCCACGGAGCAGGAGCGGCAGAUCUGCCGGGAGAAGGUGGGUGAGAAGCUCUGUGAGAAGAUCAUCAACAUCGUGGAGGUGAUGAACCGGCAUGAGUACCUGCCCAAGAUGCCCACGCAGUCGGAGGUGGACAACGUGUUUGACACAGGCUUGCGGGACGUGCAGCCCUACCUCUACAAGAUCUCCUUCCAAAUCACCGAUGCCCUGGGCACCUCAGUCACCACCACCAUGCGCAGGCUCAUCAAAGACACCCUUGCUCUCUAGGCCGUGCUGGGUGCCUUGAGUGUUCCUUGACGGCUUGCAGACCUUGGCUUCUGGGGAUUGUACUCUUAGGCCCUUGGGGCUCUGCAACCUGCUCCGGGUCCUUGGUAAGACUUGGAAGGGCCAUCCCCUGGCUUCCUUGAUUUGUGGUUGCCAGUCUCUGGCCAGCCUCGUAACCUUCACUGACGGUCCAGUCAGGCCAAUACUGUCUGCCACCUCUGGUGGAUCCCCCUUCCUCCUCUACUGUAUAGAAGGGCCAUCACUAUGAUGGUGAAUAAAGUUGAGAAUGUGAGUUUGGGUUGA